AUCUCGGUCCCCGCGGCGCCACCAGGGACGAUGUCCGGCGAAGAAGACUUCUACCUCUUUGAGAACAUCUCCAAGGUGGGUCCCUGGGAUGGACCCCAGUACCACAUCGCCCCAAUGUGGGCCUUCUACUUCCAGACGGCCUUCAUGGGCUUCGUCUUCUUCGCCGGGACGCCCCUCAACGCCAUCAUCCUGGUGGUCACCGUCAAAUACAAGAAGCUCCGCCAGCCGCUGAACUACAUCCUGGUCAACAUCUCCUUCGCCGGGUUCCUCUUCUGUGUCUUCUCCGUCUUCACCGUCUUCCUGGCCAGCUCGCAGGGCUACUUCUUCUUCGGCAGGCACAUCUGCGCCCUGGAGGCCUUCCUGGGCUCGGUGGCAGGGCUGGUCACCGGCUGGUCCUUGGCCUUCCUCGCCUUCGAACGCUACAUCGUCAUCUGCAAGCCCUUCGGGAAUUUCCGCUUCAACUCCAAACACGCUCUUCUGGUGGUGGCAGCGACUUGGUUCAUUGGCAUCGGAGUUUCAAUCCCACCAUUUUUUGGGUGGAGCAGGUUCAUCCCCGAAGGCCUGCAGUGCUCCUGCGGCCCCGACUGGUACACAGUUGGCACCAAGUACAAGAGCGAAUACUACACCUGGUUCCUCUUCAUAUUCUGCUUCAUUGUGCCCCUCACUCUCAUCGUCUUCUCCUACUCGCAGCUCCUGGGCGCCCUCCGUGCCGUAGCCGCUCAGCAGCAGGAGUCGGCCACGACCCAGAAGGCCGAGCGGGAGGUCUCUCGGAUGGUGGUGGUGAUGGUGGGGUCGUUCUGCCUCUGCUACGUCCCCUACGCCGCGCUCGCCAUGUACAUGGUCAACAACCGGGACCACGGCCUGGACCUGCGAUUGGUCACCAUCCCCGCCUUCUUCUCCAAGUCCGCCUGCGUCUACAACCCCAUCAUUUAUUGCUUCAUGAACAAGCAGUUCCGGGCUUGCAUCAUGGAGACAGUUUGUGGCAAACCCAUGACCGAUGAGUCUGACGUGUCCAGCUCAGCCCAGAAGACAGAGGUGUCCUCGGUUUCCUCCAGCCAGGUCAGCCCCAGCUAAGGAGAGCGUGCCGGGGGUCCCGAGAAGGCGAGAGACCCUCCCCAGCCAUCCACAGCUGGGCCCAGGAUGUCCAGGGGAGAGAGAGGGCCAAAAGGGUUCCUCCAUGGCUCGGACGCAGGGCAAAGGCCCGGGACUUCAAUACCCAGAUAAUUUGGUCUCUCGUAGUUUCACACGGGCAAAACGGACCGGCUCAAUCGAGCAAAAAAAGGACAGCAACGGUCAGAUCGUGUCUCCGGGGGUUUCUGUUGCAGAGUCGUCGGGCAGAACCAUACACACUUCUGAAUUUCCUUCUGAAUUUGGAGUUGUUCCAGAAGCUAAACCACCAGAUUUAUUUAAGACGAUUUUAACCCUUUAAAAAUUGCAGUUGCGCUCAGGUUAAGUGGUGGGAAACGGCACGUUCAAAGAGCCAA